AUCAUCAACAACAGCAGCGGCAGCAGCGGGUGUGCAGUCGUCAUCGCUGUUGACGUCGUCGUUCUCGACAGCAACACCAGCACCACCGCUAACAACAGCAACAGCAACAGCAGCAACACCACGCGGCGGCCUUCCGCCAGCUGUUCCCUCCUCCUCCUCCACAACAACAACAACAACAACAACAGCAACGCCGACAGGGGGAAUACCAGCAGCAACAGCCGUGCCACAUGUUGGAGUAGCAGCAGAUGAGGCACGCUCAACCGCACCACCACCGCCGCCGCCACCGCCACACGCAGCCCUGUCCGCAUCCCACACCACGACGGCCGCAUCAACCAUCGCGUCGCACGUUGCCAUGGACCUCUCACGACAGGCACAUGCGUCGUACGCGUGUGUGAAUCCAACAGGAGCAGUGGCACCACUGUCCACACAUCCAGAGGCGACCGCAGCAUCCAUGUUGCCGCCUCCCACCACGUUUGCACCGACGGGGACACACAGCCUCAUGCACGCACAUAUGCACAUGCACCCGCCCGCGUACGCACACAUGCAGCCGCUCGCCCACACGCACGCACACAUGUACACGGGUGCGCCGUCCGUGGCGCCAACAUCGACAGCUGCGUCCACUACUCCCGCCACCCUGUCAACAGCCGCUACAGCGCCACCGCCUGACACGUCGGCAUUCGUCUCUCCACAGCCAUCCCAAGUGUGGCUGCCAGGCGCAGUGGAACGGCUGCAGACGAACAUGAGCCAUGCUGCCAUGCUGGAUGUUGUGCUGCUUGAUAUGUCAUGCGCACGUGUGAAUGGGUUUGAAGUGGCACUGCACCCGCCAUCGUGCACGUGUGGCGAGUGGACAGAGUAUGGGAUUCCCUGUGCACAUGCGUGCGCACUUGCCCGGACACAGGGCAUUGAUCCACAAUCGCUCGUUUCCCAUCGACACACCUGGGAUGUGUUGGCACGGCAGUAUGCACACGCCCUCGCCCCCCUCGCUCCUGUUUCUCAUGCUGCGGCAGCAACAACACCAACACCAACGCCAACACCAACACCAACACCAACAGAAACGACCACGACAGCCGCGCGUAGCGGCGGUGUGGCUGCGCAGCAGCAGCCAACCGCAGCCACAACGAUGGUUGGUGCUUCCACCGCCGCCACUGGUAGCGGCGAUAGCAGGGGCAGUGGGGAGAAGGCCACACAGGAGCGAGCACACGUCGCCGCGGAUGCACAAGAGGGCGCACCGAUGGGUAUUGAGCAGGUGCAACAGCAGCAAGAGCACCAGGAGCACCAGGAACGGGAGCAUGGGCUUACGAGUGCUGCCAUCACGGCACAACAACAGCAAGAGCAACAAGAGCCGCCAAAGGUGCCACCUCCAGCGGCGGUGACGCGGAUGGAUCUCCAUCUCACAAGUGAUGGCCUGCUGCCGCCGCCCCACACCAAGCGGCGCGGGCGCCCGCCAACUGUUCGCAUCCCCCCAACGUCCACAUCACCCAGCAUCGGCGGUGGCGGCGGCGGUGGUGGUGGACGGAAGGCGACUGUCAAGUGCUCGUCGUGUGGCGAAUGUGGACACAACAAGCGAUCGUGCAGGAGUUGA